AUGGCUGUCUCCCACUGCUUCUAUACCUCCGCCGUGUUGGGGGCCUCACUGGGGGCCCCCAGUCUGGUAUAUGGGGCAAUAGGCCCUACUGGGUUAAAGACCGUGGCUCAUGUGUAUCACUGGCCGGACUACUUUGAGCUCAGCCUACUGGCCACUGCUCCUGGCGGCUGCGGGAGGCUCUACCUGGAGGAGCACCGUGUACACAGUGCCAGGGCCAAGCUGGAAGGUCCAGACCAGGUGACAGGGGCCUGAGAGCUGAACCAGCUGCUGGGGCCCAAGGCUUCAGGCCCCUUCAACUUUGUCUUUGACCUGCACAGCACCAUGGGCACCUGUCUCAUCACAGAAGCUGCCCACAAUGUCUCUGUCAUGCCCCUGGGCUACCACCUACAGGUGGCCCUGCCCCCCGGAGGGCAGAGGGAGGGAGGCAGGAGAAGGUCCCCAGUCCUGGAGCUGGGACCCCAGCCUCAGGGCGUGCUGCGGGCAGACCAUUUCACCAAGAUGAGGACUGUGACCGAAGUCCUGGACUUUAUCGAACUCCUCAACCAGGCUGAGACCUUUGGCGCAGGCGUGGCCUUUCCUGCUUUGGAGCUGGAAGCCGAUAGAACCGCGGGCAGAGUGGACUUCCCACGUACUGAGGCUGGGGACCCGGCAGCCACCGCGCAUCCUCAGCUGCCAGGUAGAGACUUCUAGCCACUGCAGCCCAGUAUGGCCAUCUUCCAGAUGUUCAGGGAUGAGGAUGUGCUCUAUGAGGGGGAGUCCACUGUGUACCCCGUGUUCAUCAGGGCCGCCUACUAUGAGAGGGGCAUUGCCCUCCUCCAGACUGAGAAGCUCACAUUCUCUGUGCCUGCCCUUGCCCCCACCAUAGGUCCCUAACCCACGCCAGGUCUGCCCAGGCUCAGCACUCCCAUCCGAACACCUGACAAGGUGCCUGGGGGGCCCGGCGCUCCGGCCACGGGCGGCGUCACUCGCCGGCCCCUCUGCACCCUUGCCUGGCCCAUCCAUCUCCCCGCGGCCACAGCUGCCACGCGGCCUCCUGCUAUUGAACAGCAAGAUGAGAAGGUGUGA